AUGGAUAAGCGCAUAAGCAACGAUAUUCAAAUGUCCAAACUGCCUGCUUCGGCGAAAGGAUUGUUGAGCACUUUCGAGACCGCAAACGCAAACGUUAUGGCGGCGGUGUUGGUGGCGAAUACGUUUGGAACAGUGAAAAGUGCAGACGAAGACGGAAAGUUUGGUGAAGAAGGUUCCUUGCACGGUCGUACCGUGAGAUCUGGUGAGGGUCCCUGUUUCAGUCCGCGUCCAAUGCACGAUAUGUCCGACGAGGAUAUGUCGGAUUUCUCUUCGAACGAAAGCGAUGGCAUGGAGGAGCUAGAUACGAAGCAUGUUGGACACGACGGGAAGACCGAGGAUGACUUGUCGGAUCAUACGACGAACGGUUCUAGUUGCGGAGCGCUAAUGCCAGCAGUGUUACCGGUGAUAGACCUGGCCGGUACCAAGCUGGGAAUAGGUAGUAGCUCUGGCAAUGGAUCCGGUGCAGUCGUCCGGAAGAUGUUCACCAACACUCGAGAGCGCUGGAGGCAGCAGAAUGUUUCGGGAGCGUUUGCCGAGCUGCGUAAGCUGGUUCCAACUCACCCGCCGGAUAAGAAGCUGUCGAAGAAUGAAAUUCUCCGGAUGGCCAUCCGUUACAUCCGCUUGCUAUCGAAUGUGCUCGAGUGGCAGAAGAAACAGGAGGCGAACGAUCGAUUGCCUCUCAAGCAACGCAGCACACAAAACCACCUGCAACACUCCGCCAACCUGCUGGCCGUCGGUCAACAGUCCUUCCAACAGAUCCUACACUCGAACAACAACGAGAAUCACUUCACUGGAAACUUCCGUGAAAACGGUAACAAUUUACUCAUGAUAGUGUCACCGAGAAAUUUCGCCAAAAAUGCGGGCUCCACAGCUCGUGCACUUAAAGCGGCGGAAUCACGUGCAGAGAUGGGUUUGGAAGUGGAAAAAACGAAAAUAGGAAGCAAGCUAGGACCACCGGCCAAAGGCUGCUCAAGAUCGUCCAGUUCCAUCGGUGGCACUGGCAUGGUUAGUAAGAGCAGAAGAAAACUAACUGUACCCUCUGCUGCUGCACUGCAUAGUGAAUCUUCAGUUGCCGGCGGUCACUUUCGUCCCGGUCUGCACAUCAAGACGGAUCUUAUGCUUUUACCGCAGACGUGCGAUGCAGCAACACGGUCCACCCUGGCGGAGAACGAAAUCAAGCGAGAACGCAAUCAGCAUAUCGAACACAUAAUGCUACCGGAUGUUGCGAUGCUGCAAUCGUCGGAAGCUGUUCAAUUAAUUUCAAAUGAUGCCUUCGCCACACGCCAAUCCCUGACACGUGCCAUCAUCACCGAUCUGGAUGAAACGCAAACGAGGGGCUAA